AUGGCUACAGUUCAGAUAAGUGAACCCGAGUCUACCAUCGCAACCAUGGCACACUCCAUCUACCGCCCUGGCUCACCCUCUGGGUCUAGGCUUGAGGCGCGGGUAGCGGAACUGGAGGAAAGGCUUCAGGAUGAGCGCAUCGUACUCACGAAGAGUCAACGAGACAACUGUGAUAUGGCGCUGGAAAUUGAGAUGCUCCAAGAACGCCUUGAAGAAGCCAAUGAGACUAUUUCGCAGCACGUGGAUACAAUUCGCCGCAAAGAGGUGGAGCUUUCAAUGAUCCAGAAGGAACGUGAUCUGUUGCGACAUACGCAGGAGGAAGAUACUGCUUCUCUCCGUAAACGCUACCAAUCGUCCAUAGACGAGCAAAACCACGAGCUUGACGAAUUCCGACGCAUUAAGCACAAGAUGGAAAAGGAGAAGAGUGAACUGAUGAACCAGGUGGAAAAAUUUGCAAGUGAUCUGUCAAAAGUGGAACUUAUGAAUGUGAGUUUACCUUUUUGCCUAGAUCCUGUCUCCCUUCCAAUAGGUGCUACUGGCAGUGCAUUUGACAACCAUCAGACUCUGAAUGAGUCUUUAGAGAACAAAAUUGAGGCCUUGGAUGCACAAAACACACGCCUUAAAGCUGGAAAUGAGGACCUGUUGAAACAACUGUCGGAGGCAAACGCGAAGUACUCCAGUCUGUCGGCAGAUGAGUCAGAGCGACAGAAGCAUAUAGACAAAUUGACAACAUCCCUUAAUAUUGCUCAACGCCAAGCAACCGUUUCAGAAAAGGAGAUUGACGAAUUAAAGCGGCAGGUCCAGGAGGAGUCAACGUCUAAUGCGCAUCUUCAAUCGCGCCAGUCGAUGCUGCAGGCUGAGCUUGAAGUGGCGGAGGCUCGUGCCGAGGAGGAGGCAGAAAAUGCCAACCAGGCACAACAACAACUUUCCAAAACAAACGCCGAACUCGCAGCCCUCCGCACCAAGCACGAGCGUGAAGUGACUGAGCUCCAAAACGAAAUCGACGAAGCCAAACGCCGUCUGACAUCCCGAACGAGUGAAUUGACUGAGCAGUACGAAUCAGAGCACUCAAGAGUUCUCAGUCUCGAGCGCACCAAGACCCAAUUGACAGGUCAAAUCCACGAAAUUCAAAUUCAGUUAGAUUCAUGCCAAGUGGACAAUUUGGAUCUGAAACAGGAGCUCAAGUCGAUCACCACCCAGCUAGAUGAGACGGAGAAAAUCCUAGAGGAAGAGCAGACCGAGCUAAUCCAGCUCCGUACGAAAUUGGCCUCUACACAGAAGGAGCUCUCCAAUGCACGCAACUGGAGGGUAGAAAACGAGCCAAGGCUACUUUCUUUGGAGAAGGAGAAUCGUGCGACCACUGAAAGGCUGAAGGAACUCAAAGAAUCCGUCGUGAAACUGUCAAAGGAAAAUGAUGAGUUAGAGAGUGUCCAAGUUCGCAUGGAGCGUGAAAGGGAAUCCUUCCAAAUGACCAUCCGAGAGCUUGAAGAGGCGGUUCAAGAUGCUGAGACAAAAUAUCAAAGUUCCCAAAACGCCAUCAGCCAACUCCGUCAGGAUCUGACAUCUCGUAUGCAGGAGAAGGAGGAAGAACUUGAGAGUCUUAAGCGCUCAAGCCAUCGCACCAUUGAGGAUUUGAACGGAGUGCUUAAAGACUUGGAGUCGAAGCACCGAGCCGAGGUGGUACGUUGGAAAAAGAAGAUGGAGACGACAGUUGGAGAUAUGGAUCAUGAGUUGGUGGCGGAGCGUGAAGCUAAGGAGGCUGCAGAGAAAGCUGCGCAGGAGGCGGAGGACCAUUACAAUCAGCUGGCUGCAGAAUUCGACGAUGUGCACCACACCAUGGAGGAGACAAGGUCUGCCCUUCAGCUCAGUGAAAGCCGCCGACAGGCCGUAGCGGAGGAGCUGGAGAUGCUCCGAGUGCAACAAGAGGCAUCUGAGCGAAGCCGUCGCAAGGCGGAGUCUGAGACUCAGGAAAUAACCAAUCGGGUGUCCGAACUAAACGCUCAGGUCAACAGUCUGACAGCUGAUAAGCGGCGCCUCGAAGGCGAACUUGCGAUUGCACUCGGAGACAUUGAAGACCUGAACGGCAGCAAACAGGGUAAUGAGGAGCGCAUUGCAAAACUGCUGCUUGAUGUGUCUCGACUGACGGCUGACUUACAGGCGGAGCAAGAUCUCGCCCGCCGAGCUGAUGCUGGAAGACGCCAGCUGGAGACGGACCUUCGCGAUGCCAAUAAUCGUCUGAAAGCAGCAGAGCAAGCUUGUGAGGACGCUGAGAAAGAUGCCAUUAGGAAAAUCAACGGAAUGGAGGCACGAAUUCGUGACGCAGUAGUGACUGCCGAGGCUGAAGCCAAACGUGUUAGGGAGCUCACCACCCAUUUACGAAAGGUUGAGCGUGCCCAUAAGGAGGCUAGUCAAGCGGUUGAAGAGGAGCGUUCAUUGGCGGCCCAGAUGAAGGAGUUGAUGGAACGAGGUCAAGGUAAACUCAAAACCAUGCGCCGUCAAGUGGAAGAAGCAGAGGCGGCGGCCGCAGCCGCAAACAUGAAGCUGCGUAAGACUCAGGAGCAGCUGGAGGAGGCGGAACUGCGUGCUACGAUGGCGGAGCGCCGCGCCAGCCUACAAACGGAGGCUGCGCGGGAGAAGCAGGCAGGAUUCACGCCCCGAAUGCGCUCCACCUCGUUUGUGCGCGAGGGCUCUACCUUCAGUGUGACCGAUUAUACACCCCGUCGCUCGCGCCGCACUCCCGCUUUUCGCAGUGUUGAGAGCGAGGAGCGUGAUACCAUCAACGGAGUCGCCGACUAG